CUCAUGCUAUAAAAAUUGUUUUGUUUUGUCGUCGGUCGUCGUCGUCACCUCGUAUCAUAUAAAAAAUAAUAAAAUCGCCUCGCCUUUCAUAUUGUCAUUCGUCUUUUUAGGUUCUUUUUUUAAAAAAGAACAAAUUAUAAUAUCUUGAGUAAAAACUAUUUCUAGGGAAAAGGUUUGAGUAAAACAAGUUCAAUCUUUAUCAUUGUUUAUUAUCUGACGAGUCUUAGAAAUAGUGCGUGCCGGCAUCCCUUGUAUUCUAUAUCGUAAUACUUCUCGUAGAAAUCUUGGAUGAGCUCUUCCACCUGCGAAAAAAAUGUCCAAUGACAUACUGCAAACAAAAUGUGACUUUUGUGGGGAAACCGCCCAUGAACCCUACAUAGAAUGUUGCGAGUGCGACUCAAACUUAUGCACGGCUUGUUUUGCUGCUGGGAAGGAGAUCGGCUCUCACAAAAACGAUCACAAGUACGCCGUACGUAGAAACGACUUUCCCUUGUUUGAUAAUUGCAACUGGUCUGCCAAAGAAGAAUGUAAGUUGCUAUCCGCAUUAUCGACAUACGGUUUUGGCAACUGGGAGGAGAUAUCUAAAUUUGUGCACACACGUUCCAAAUUAGAAUGCCAAGAACAUUACAGAAAGUAUUAUAUAGAAAAUGUACAAUAUAAAGAAUUGAAACUUUUGCCUGAGACGCAACAGUCUUUGUUUCCACAGUUGAUAAUACCAUACUUGUAUAGUACAGAUAUAAGUACAAAUCCACCACGGAAUAAUCAGUCUGAUCAGCAUUUGGCUGGCUAUAAUGCUCACAGAUCUGAGUUUGAAUUGAGUUAUGAUCAUAACGCAGAGAGUUUAUUCAAUAUAGAAGAUAGCUACUCUGAUGAUGAAGUUGAUGAUGAGUCUAUGAUGGACUCUUUAAAGAUUGCUUUAGUCAAUGCUCUAAAUAAUCGUUUGAGAGAGCGCCAGAGGAGAUACACAAUAAUUAAAAACCAUGGUUUGAUAAUGCCAAACAAGCUGGCGUCAUGGUUGCAGAGAUUUGAGGUUACACUAACAAGACAAAAAUGUGAGAAGUUAAUUUCUUUCAUGCAAUUUAUGACAGGAAUGCAGUUUGAUGCUUUUAUGGAGCGACUGAGCUUAGAAUCUGAAUUGACACAAAAGAUAUUACGGUUGUGCGAGUACAGACGGAAUGGAAUCAAAACGCUCUACGCAGCCAGACUAUACAAGCAAUUGAAGAAAGAAAAUGAUUUGCACAUGAAAGAAAUGAGAUCUAGCACAUUGGUUAUGCAGAAGAAGUAUGACAGCACAUCUCCAAUCAAAAAUAGGUUUUUUCAAAAGACUUCUGGUCGGAGCAAAAUGAAAGGGACUUCGAUGCCUCUGGAAAUCAUCGAUUUGCCAGGUUACGACCGUCUUAGCGAUUCAGAGAGGACACUUUGUUCAACAUUAAGACUGAUACCGGCAAACUACUUAGAUAUUAAAGAACAACUUGUGUCGGAGAACAAUAAGAUGGGAUUCCUUCGACUGCUGGAUGCGAGGAGGAUUGUGAAGAUAGAUGUGAACAAAACGAGGAAGAUCUAUGAUCAUCUUAUUGCAGAAGGAUUUUUGAAUAAGCCUCCUGCACUAGUUUAAAUAUAUUAUUUUUUUAACAAAA